CGCCUCGCCGCAACCGUUUCCGGCGCUCGAAGAUGGCGGUGCCGCUGUUGACGAGGAAGAUCGUGAAGAAGCGGGUCAAGCAGUUCAAGAGGCCCCACACCGACCGCUACAAGUGCCUCAAGCCAAGCUGGCGUAGGCCAAAGGGUAUCGACUCCCGCGUCAGGCGGAAGUUCAAGGGAUGCACCUUGAUGCCCAACAUUGGAUAUGGUUCUGACAAGAAAACCAGGCACUACCUCCCCAACAAGUUCAAGAAGUUUGUUGUCCACAAUGUCUCUGAGCUGGAGCUGCUUAUGAUGCACAACAGGACAUACUGCGCUGAGAUUGCUCACAACGUCUCCACCCGCAAGCGCAAGGAGAUUGUCGAACGUGCUGCGCAACUCGACAUCGUGGUCACUAACAAGCUUGCCAGGAUCCGCAGCCAGGAGGACGAGUGAAAUGUUAAGUAGCUUUGGUUGCGUUGCUCGUAGGACAGUACCCCUGCUUUUAGAUACUUUCCCACCAUUUUUAUGCUUAUGCUAGACUUAUUCUAUGAACACAUUUUGGCCGAGUGAUUUGGUGAUGGCGAGUAUCAUCUUGUUUUGACCGGACAUCAACACCAUGAAGGUGAAACAAUGUGGCGAUACCUUUCGGUUAAACCUUAUGUGUUUUGGCGUCGUGGUUCA